AUGUCAAGGGCCACCUCUGUGAGGGACUCUGCAACCUCCUUGCCUUCUUUACAGAAGAACCAAGAGGUUAUAUAUGAGACUGGCAGAGUGCUUCAGACCUGGGUUCCCCAGAUGAAGGGCUUGGCACUGGUACUGCUGCCAGGAUCUUCACGUGUCAGGUUGGAGAUUGUGCUGGUGGUGGUACUGAGUUUCCUGCCAAGCUUGUGCUGUGACCUGGGGUCAGUAUAUUUCUCAUCUUAUGAAACAGUCAUCCGCAAGGCUCUGACAGUUAAGGGAAGGCAAGACCCAGAGGAAGAGGCAUCUUAUGUGAUAUCUAUGCAGGGCGAGAAACAGCUGAUUCACCUGAAAGUGAAGACAGACUAUUUUAUCAAGAACUUUCCAGUCUUCAGCUACCACAAUGGCAUCCUGGGACAAGAAAUGCCUUUCAUCUCACAUGGCUGUCACUAUGAAGGCUACAUAGAAGGAGUACCAAGUUCUUUUGUUUCUGUCAACACCUGUUCAGGCCUCAGGGGCAUCCUGAUUAAGGAGGGAAAAUCCUAUGGCAUUGAGCCCAUGGACUCUUCAAAACAGUUUGAACAUGUGUUAUACACCAUGGCCCAUCAAGCUCCAGUCUCCUGCAGUGUCACUUCCCAAGACAGCCCAGUGGUGUCCGCCAGCCGACAACAAGGGAGCAGGAAGCCUGGCGGUCUACAGGAGCUGUCCUCCUUGUGGUCACUCACCAAGUACGUGGAGAUGUUUGUUGUGGUCAACAACCAGCAGUUCCAAAUGUGGGGCAGUAACGUCAAUGAGACGGUCCAGAGAGUGAUGGACAUCAUUGCCCUGGCCAACAGCUUCACUAGGGGAGUAAACACACAGGUGGUGCUGGCUGGGAUAGAGAUUUGGACCGAGGGGGACCUCACAGAGGUCCCCGUGGACCUGCAAGUUACACUGGGGAAUUUCAACAAGUGGAGACAAGAGAAGCUCCUCCAUCGUGUGAAGCAUGAUGUUGCCCACAUGAUUGUCGGACAGCAUCCUGAGCACGGUAUGGGACAGGCAUUUCUCAGUGGUGCCUGUUCCCGUGGUUUUGCAGCAGCUGUUGAAUCCUUCCCUCAUGAAGAUGCCCUCCUGUUUGCAGCGCUCAUGGUCCAUGAGCUUGGGCACAACUUGGGUAUUGGGCACGACCACUCAGCCUGCAUUUGUAAAGACAAGCACCUCUGCCUCAUGUGUGACAAUAUCUCUAAAGAAAGCGGCUUCAGCAACUGUAGCUCUGACGACUUCUACCAGUUCCUCCAGGAUCACAGAGGGGCCUGCCUAUUUAACAACCCUCAGCGGCACAAAGGCCGCUUGCGUAGGGAUUCCUACUGUGGAGAUGGUGUGGUGGAGGGUGAGGAGCAGUGUGACUGUGGUUCUGCCUGUUACACUGACCCGUGCUGUGACCAAACAUGUAGCCUGAAGGGGAGUGCAGAAUGUAGUGAUGGACUCUGCUGCUUUGGUUGCCAAUUGAGAAAUAGGGGAUUUGUGUGCCGUUCUGCUUUAGGAGACUGUGACCUCCCAGAGUAUUGUGAUGGCAGCUCUGCAGAGUGCCCCACAGACACCUAUAAGCAAGAUGGUACACCGUGCGAUAGACUGCACAUCUGUAUUGGGGGUCAAUGCAGAAACCCUGAUAAUCAAUGCAUGGCUAUGUAUGGGAAUGAUGCACGGUCUGCCCCAGAAAACUGUUACAUUUUAAUAAACAGCAAAGAGGACCGGUUUGGAAACUGUGGCCGUCCCACUUCGGCAAUGCCAAGAUACGUUAAGUGUUUUGAUAAUAAUAUAUUUUGUGGGAAAAUUAUAUGUACAAAUAUUAGACGUGUCCCAUCCAUCAAACCCCAUAGCACACUGAUCCAGAUUCCUUAUGAAGGUGACUUCUGCUGGAGCUUGGAUGUCUAUAACAUUACUGAUAUCCCUGAUGAGGGAGAUGUGCACUCUGGCACUGCUUGUGCCCCAAACAAAGUCUGCAUGGAUUACUCCUGCACUGAUCAUACGGUGCUCAAGUAUGACUGCAAACCAGCAGAAAUGUGCAAUGGGAGAGGAGUCUGUAACAAUUUAAGGCACUGCCACUGUGAGGCUGGCUAUGCACCGCCCAACUGCCGAACCCCGGGAAGUGGGGGUAGUGUGGACAGUGGUUCUCCUGGCAAAACAGAGGAAGAAAAUCCAAGUGAGGAUGAAGGGAACAGUUAUAGUGUUGCUCGUGGUAGUUUUGGCAAAGGUGGUGAGAAUACACAGAAAAGCAAAAAGAACUCAUCACUAAACAUGCUUCUUUUAUUAUUAAUAGUACUUCUUUUUUCUGUUUUUUACAUUUGCAUUGUUUGUCUUUUAUCAUAUAUCUUUGGUCUAAUUAUUGGUGUUGGUGUUAAAGGUGGGAAGGAUUUAGAACAUCACUCAACUGAUUCCUCAGAAGAAAAUGAAGAAUCAGUGGACCAAAAAAAGAGAUAA